AUGUGUGUGCGGCCAUCAGUACAGAUCAUUUAUAUGGAGAGCAAUUCUGCGGAGCGUAAAUUUCCUAAAUUUGUGUCCAAAGAAAUGGAAAACAUGUUCAUUGAAGAGUUGAAGUCAUCGGUCAAUUUACUCAUGGCAAACCUGGAAAGCAUGCCAGUGUCCAAAGGGGGCUCCGAGUUCAAGUUACAAAAACUGAAACGCAGUCAUAACACUUCCAUCAUUGACUUGGGAGAGGAGAACGAAAACCAGCUCUCCAAAUCAGAUGUUGUGCUAUCUUUCUCCCUGGAGGUUGUCAUCAUGGAAGUUCAGGGUCUCAAAUCCUUAGCACCCAACCGGAUUGUAUAUUGCACUAUGGAAGUGGAAGGAGGAGAAAAACUACAGACUGACCAGGCUGAGGCAUCCAAACCAACCUGGGGAACUCAGGGUGACUUUUCCACGACGCACGCUCUUCCAGCUGUGAAGGUGAAGCUGUUUACAGAGAGUACCGGUGUCCUGGCUUUGGAAGACAAAGAACUUGGGCGGCUUUUUAAUCACCUGUAA